AUGAGUACAUUUGAUCAUGAAUUUACUGAUUUCCAUACUUUAACUAAAGAUGAAACUUUAGAAUUUUUUCACACAGAUGAGCAAAACGGUUUAAAUUAUGAUGUCGCUAAUAAAAUCCUUAAAGAAAUUGGUGAAAAUAGCCUUGGGGAUGAUUCAAAGAUUGAUUAUAAAGCAAUGAUUAUUCACCAAAUUUGUAAUGCAAUGAUUUUAGUUCUUUUCAUUUCAAUGAUUAUUUCAUUUGCUAUCCAUGAUUGGAUUACAGGUGGUGUUAUUACAUUUGUUGUUGGUGUUAAUGUUAUUAUUGGUCUAAUUCAAGAAUAUAAAGCUUCGAAGACAAUGAAUUCUUUAAAACAAUUAAGCUCUCCAAAUGCUCAUGUUAUUAGAUUUGGUAAUAGUGAAAUUAUUUCUUCAAAAGAUGUUGUACCAGGUGAUAUUGUAUCUGUUAAAGUCGGUGAUACAAUUCCAGCAGAUUUACGUCUAAUUUCAAUGCAAAAUUUUGAAACUGAUGAAGCACUUUUAACAGGUGAAGCUUUGCCUGUGUCCAAGGAUUGUGAUUUAAUUUUCCCAAAGGAUGAACAUACACCAGUUGGUGAUCGUAUUAAUUUAGCUUAUUCUUCAUCUAGUGUUGUUAAAGGUAGAGCUAUUGGUGUUGUUAUUAAGACAGGUUUAAACACAGAAAUUGGUAAAAUUGCAAAAUCUUUAACAACUGAUGAAGGUUUAAUAUCAAAAAAUCCAAAUUUUUCAUUUUGGAAAAAUUCUUGGAUUACAAUUAAACAAUCUUGUGGUGCAUUUUUAGGGACAACUGUUGGAACACCAUUACAUAGAAAAUUAUCAAAAUUGGCCGUUUUAUUAUUUUUUGUUGCUGUUAUUUUUGCUAUUGUUGUUAUGGCUUCACAAAAAUUUGAUGUUGAUAAAGGUGUUGCGAUUUAUGCUAUUUGUGUUGCUUUAUCAAUGAUUCCUUCUUCAUUAGUUGUAGUUUUAACCAUUACUAUGUCUGUUGGUGCAUCUGUUAUGGCUUCAAGAAAUGUUAUUAUUAGAAGAUUAGAUUCUUUAGAAGCUUUAGGUGCAGUUAAUGAUAUUUGUUCAGAUAAAACUGGUACAUUAACUCAAGGUAAAAUGAUUGCAAGACAAGUUUGGGUACCAAAUUUUGGUACUAUUAUGGUUAAUGAUUCAAACGAACCGUUUAAUCCAACUGUAGGUAAUAUUAAUUUAAUACCAAAACAAUCUCCAUAUGAAUUUAAAAAUGAAGAAGAAGAAGAUGUUGGUAUUUUACAAGGUUUUAAAAAUCGUUAUUUAAAUAAAACUUUGCCAGAAUCUUUAGAUUUAAGAUUAUUUACUAAAUGGUUAGAAACUGCGACAUUAGCUAAUAUUGCUAAAGUUUUCUUAAAUGGAGAAAAUAAAUGGACUGUUCAUGGUGAUCCAACAGAAAUUGCCAUUCAAGUUUUUGCAUCAAGAAUGGAUUUACCAAGAUCUCGUUUAACAGGUGAAAGUAUUCCAAAUGGUGAUAUUACUGAUGAUUCAGACUCAAAAGGUGCUGAAGAAGAAAAAGUUGAUGAAAAUGCUGAUUUCCAACAUUUAGCUGAAUUCCCAUUCGAUUCUACAAUUAAAAGAAUGUCUGCUAUCUAUAAUGACCACAGAAAUAAUACUACAGAAGUUUUUACUAAAGGUGCCUCUGAAAGUGUCUUAAAAAAUUGUACUUAUUGGUAUGGUGAAAACCAGGAUACCCUUUUACAUUUAACAGAGACUGAUAAGGCUUUUAUUCAAAAGAAUGUUAAUACUUUGUCUGCCGAAGGUUUAAGAGUCCUUGCAUUUGCAUCAAAAUCUUUUAAAAAUGAUGAAUUAUCUCAAGAGACUAAAGAAAAAUUGACUUCCAAUAGAGAGUUUGUUGAAGAUAAAUUGAUAUUCUUAGGUUUAAUUGGUAUUUAUGAUCCUCCAAGACAAGAAACUGCUGGUGCAGUAAAGAAAUUCCAUCAAGCUGGUAUUAAUGUUCGUAUGUUAACAGGUGAUUUCCCAGGUACUGCUAAAGCCAUUGCGCAAGAAGUUGGUAUCUUACCAAUCAAUCUAUACCAUUACCCAAAGGAUGUUAUUGAUAUUAUGGUUAUGACUGGUACACAAUUCGAUGAUUUAUCUGAAGAAGAAAUUGAUAACUUACCUGUGUUACCGUUAGUUAUUGCACGUUGUUCUCCACAGACUAAAGUUAGAAUGAUUGAAGCGUUACACCGUAGAGGUAAAUUCUGUGCUAUGACUGGUGAUGGUGUCAACGAUUCACCUUCUUUGAAGAUGGCUAACGUUGGUAUUGCCAUGGGUAUUAAUGGUUCUGAUGUUGCUAAGGAAGCUUCUGAUAUUGUCCUGAGAGAUGAUAAUUUCGCUUCUAUUCUAAAUGCCGUUGAAGAAGGUAGAAGAAUGAGUGAUAAUAUUCAAAAAUUCGUCUUACAAUUAUUAGCUGAAAAUGUUGCCCAAGCUCUAUACCUUAUUGUUGGUCUAGUUUUCAUUGAUUCUGAACAUAAAUCUGUGUUCCCGUUGUCACCUGUUGAAGUCUUAUGGGUUAUUGUCGUUACUUCAUGUUUCCCUGCUAUGGGUCUUGGUCUAGAGUUAGCCGCCCCAGAUUUAAUGGAAAGACCUCCUAACGACUCCAAAGCCGGUAUCUUCACAUGGGAAGUCAUUGCUGAUAUGUUUGUCUAUGGUUUAAUGAUGGCUGGUUCUUGUAUGGCUACUUUUACCACUAUUAUUUAUGGUAAGGAUUCAGGUGAAUUAGGUCAAAACUGUAACAAUAAAUACAGUUCCAUUUGUGAUCCUGUCUACAAGGCACGUUCUGGUGCAUUUGCCACUAUGACAUGGUGUGCUUUGAUUUUGGCAUGGGAAGUUGUUGAUAUGCGUAGAUCUUUCUUUAGAAUGAAACCAGAAACUGAUGAACCUGUUAAACAAUUCUUCAGAGACAUUUGGAGUAACAAAUUCUUAUUCUGGUCUAUCAUGUUUGGUUUUGCCUCAGCUUUCCCUGUUGUCUAUAUUCCAGUGAUUAAUGACAAAGUUUUCUUACAUAGACCGAUUGGUUACGAAUGGGGUCUAGCAAUUGCAUACACUGUUGCAUUCUGGGUUGGUUGUGAAUUACACAAAUAUGUUAAGAGAGUCUAUUUCAGAAAGAAGUCUAAGGCUCAUAACCCAGAAAACGAUUUAGAAAAUGGUAAUAUGAAGAAUCCAUUCGAGGCAUACAGUACCUCCACUACCAUUAGAACUGAUAUUAUUAUCAACCCAAAAAAGUGA